AUGUCUUCCACUAUAGAAGAACAACUAGCAAGCUUAACUAAAGCAAUUGAAGGUCUGGAAAAAUGCGCAUACGAACAAGAUGCUAAACUUUCCAAGCUAAAAAAUAGGAUGGAUGACAUGAUUGAGAGAAUAUCAAGUCAAGCACCUCUAAAGCUUCGUAAAAUUCAAGACAAAGGAGAGUCAUGUGUAAAGCAAACAAAGAUCAAAGAGAUUAAUCUAUCUGCUAAAGGAAAUCCCAAACAACAUAUAGCGCACACUAUCGAGACUUGCUAUGAUGCCGGAACAUAUGGUGAUUAUUCUGUUAAAGAGUUAGUUCGAUCUCUGAAAGAAAAGGCAUUUGACUGGUACACUGAUCUUGAACCUAAUUCUAUAGAUCUUUGGGAGCAUGAAUUCAACCAAAUUAUAGGAGGUCUUAGUGGCGGUGGUGGUGGUGGUGGAGGUGGUGGAGGUAGUGAUGGGGGAUUUGGUGAUGGCUUUGGAUUUGGUGAGGGUCAUGGAUUGGGUGAAAAUGAUAGAUUUGGCCAAAUUGUAGGGGGCCUAAUUUGUGGCGUUGUUGGUGGUGGUGGUGGAGGAAGAGGAUGA